AUGAAACUACUAGAGCUUCCACUCGAUGUUUUCCUGACAGUCAUUGAUGUCACUGUGCACGAAUUGGGAGUGAGAGGAUCUAUGCGAGCACGCUUAGUCUGCCGUUCUUUUGCAGAUGCAAUUCCCGAAGCUCUCCAUAGGACCAGGGUCAUCGAAUAUGCGUAUACAAGUCGAUUGUUUCUUGUCAGCUAUCGUCCCGAGGUUAUUGCUCGAUAUCUUCUCUACCGCAUCCGGGCCGAUCGAACCAAUAUUCAUCCUUGGGUCCAAACAAAUUGCCAGACGGUUCAGACUCUUGCCAAGCACGCCGGAUGGGCACAAGACUUGCAGAAGGUGGAAAUGCUCUAUCAGGCUUCCUGCUCAUGUCUGGCCUUGUACAAAGGCCGAGGAGUAUUUCAUGCUCUUAGUGUGGGGGCUGGCGACGAGAUGCAAUACGGCGGCGGUACAUCCGCUAAUUGCCUAACGGUAGCAGCCUGGGUCGGUGAUAUGGCGCUGAUCAAAUCAUUUAACCUCGAAUCCAACGCCUGCUCAUUUUUCGGGAGACCGUUAUGGGCUGCAUCGGCCCAGGGCCAUCUUGACGUUGUAAAGCACUUUUUGAAUCAUAACGCUACGGAAAACUGGCUGGAUACAGAAAGAGGACCUUGGCCUGGAAUUGCACGUAGUCCACUAGACGUGGCGGCGUACAUGGGACGAGAGAGUAUCGUCCGGCUCUUUCUGAAUCCCCGGUACAACAACACCACAGUACAAUCAUGGGAAGGCUGCGCUAUCCACAGCGCUGCCAUAGGCGGCCACGCGAAUAUCUUAACGCUCCUAAUACACCAUUACAAGGAAGUGAAAUAUCCAGAUGAUAUUGUAAAAACUCUUCAUGCGAGCCUUAUACAAAGCUGCAGGCAUGGGAUGCAUCAAACAGCACAGGUUCUUUUGCAACACGGCGCAAAACCGAUCUACACAGAUGUAUUUCCACGCACAAGCUUACAAUGGGCAGCCAUAACAGGGAAUGCUGCAUUGGUAAAGAUGUUACUCGACGCGGGUGCAGAAUUAGAGCCUGCGACUGAGCGGCAUUUUCCUUCUGGCAAAAAAAUGGGGAAUUGUCGGGUGUGGAAAGACGGGCUGUCGGAAGCUAGAGACAGAGGCCAUAAGGAAGUCGAAAGAUUAAUCCUUGAGAGGAUGGCAGAGCUUCAGAAGUAAGGUCCAAGGAAUCACUACUCGUCAGGCUCGGCCGAUCAUGGUGGCAGCGAUGUUAGUUGUCUCGAAUCCAUUGUUAUGGUGACAGACAAAGGAGAAGGCAAUAAUAGGGAAUGUUUUACAGUGAGCAAGGAAACCAAAUCGCC